AUGGCCUCCUUUGCACUCAACUCUUUUGUUGGCCUUCGCCAAUCUUCACCCCAAAGCCGCCACCAUCACUCCAUCAUCACCACUCUAUCGAAAUGCCUUCUACCAAGCCAACUUCACUAUCCCCGCCGUCUCAAUGUUGUCGCCGCCAUGUCCAGCCCCAAAAUCGUUGGACGAAACCUUCGUGUUGCAGUCAUUGGCGGUGGUCCAGCCGGUGGUGCUGCUGCCCGCACUCUGGCCGAAGGAGGUAUAGAGACGUUCUUGAUAGAGCGCAAAUUGGACAAUGCCAAGCCCUGUGGUGGGGCCAUACCACUUUGCAUGGUCGGGGAAUUUGACUUGCCGAUGGAUAUUAUUGACCGUCGUGUCACUAAGAUGAAGAUGAUUUCCCCGUCAAACGUCGCCGUCGACAUCGGUCGAAAUCUCAAACCCCAUGAGUUUGUCGGCAUGGUCCGCCGGGAAGUCCUUGAUGCUUACCUCCGUGACCGCGCUGCUGAAUCCGGCGCCACAAUCAUCAACGGACUUUUCAUCAAAAUGGAAAAACCACAAGAUAAAAUGGCACCUUACGUCCUCCAUUACAACGACCACGAUGGUAAAUCCGGGUCCACCGGAGAAAAGUUGAGCAUCGAAGUUGACGCAGUAAUCGGUGCCGACGGCGCAAAUUCCCGUGUCGCAAAAUCUAUUGACGCCGGCGAUUACCAGUACGCCAUAGCUUUUCAAGAACGCAUCAAGAUUCCAGAUGACAAAAUGUUGUACUACGAAAACCUCGCCGAGAUGUACACCGGCGAUGACGUGUCACCAGACUUCUACGGAUGGGUGUUUCCUAAAUGUGACCACGUUGCUGUCGGAACCGGAACCGUGAAACACAAAUCCGACAUAAAAAAGUUCCAGUUGGCCACCCGUCUCCGUGCGCAUGACAAGAUUCUAGGAGGAAAGAUCAUUCGGGUGGAAGCUCACCCUCUCCCGCAACAACCGCGACCAAGGAGAGUGGUGGAGAGGGUGGCGCUGGUAGGAGAUGCGGCGGGGUAUGUAACCAAAUGCGCCGGUGAAGGAAUAUAUUUUGCGGCAAAGAGUGGGCGGAUGUGUGCAGAGGCGAUAGUGAAGGGGUCGGAGAAUGGGAAGAAGAUGGUGAAUGAAGGAGAUAUGAGAAGGUAUGUAGAGAGAUGGGAUAAAACAUACUGGUCGAUGUUCAAGGUGUUGGAUGUGUUGGAGAAGGUGUUUUACAGGUCGAAUCCGGGGAGGGAGGCUCUUGUGGAGUUGUGUCGGGAUGAAUAUGUGCAGAAGAUGACGUUGGAGAGUUAUUUGUAUAAGAAGGUGGCAACGGGGAAUCCAUUGGAGGACUUGAAGAUGGCCAUGAACACAAUUGGGAGCCUGCUUAGGGCCAAUGCGCUUAGAAAGGAGAUGGAUAAGAUAUGA